AUGGCGGCCGUAAAUCAGAAUAUGCUGGAUGCCGGCGUCAUCUUUGAACGGCCACGCGGUGCCUCGUUGUUGGUGCUGCCGUUGAAUCUGAUCGCCCAGAUCGUGUCAAAUGUCGAAGAUGUCGGCGACCUAGCAAGACUAUGUCGCACAUGUCGUGUGCUUAAUUACAUGUCGCUCCCCCAGCUCUAUCGCAGCUUGACCCUCAUCUCCUACGACAAAAUUCGUUAUCGCAAUGAACGGCCGGAGGGAAUCGGAAGUGCCAGCCCGUUCACCAUGGGGCUGAACACAGUAAUUACUCGCCCAUCCGCGACCUUAAUCCGAUCUAUUACAUUGAAAGGAGAAUGGAAAGCGCACGACUUGGAGGAACAUGCUCUUGUCGGGCGAGUCCCGGACUCGUCAAUGCUGUUGAACAUUGCGGUGCGGGCGGCGGUGGAUCGCAUGGCUAACUUAGAGAGCUUCAGCUGGGAACUCAACACCAAGAUGCUCGACAUCGUUUAUGCGGGACUGGCUCAGUUGCCUCGACUAUAUUCGUUGACGGUUCGGUUCGCUAACAGUCGGCACCCACAGCCAACGUGCGUACUUCCGCCGAUGCCACAUUUGCGGGCCCUGAAGAUCACCGACAUAGACCCGUUGUGUUACCCCGACGAUAUUGCCACGUUGCUUUUGAAAAGCAGAAAACUGCAGGCGUUAAAGCUUCACUGGUCCCCGCGUAUGCGAAUCGCCCAAGAGCCGAGCGUCUCGCCGCAUGAUUAUUUUCGAAAAUGCAUUUCCGCGAAACAGCCUCUCGCGGUCAAACAGCUUUCGUUCCAGAAUUUAUACGCUUUUCAUAGUGAAGAAUUCAAUUUGGCCUUCGAUCCGACUACGGUCGAGGAUGUCACCUUCUUGAGUGGAAGCGACUACCUGGGUCUGGCAAACAGCUUCGUGGAGCUUAGCUGGCCGGUUGCGCCUCCACAUAAGCAUUUGAAAAUCAAGUCGAUGCGGAUAGACGCGAUCACAAAGCGCAACGCAGACUUCUUAUCAAACUUCAAAGGUCUGGAGCGUUUUUACAUCGUCAACGUCACGUCCGAAGGAGCGGACAGUUUGAACUCAGUACGGUCAGACCCGUCAGCCUCAUCCGCUUUGACGCCUCCAUUGUCUGAACAUCAGAAUCAAACCAUUCCUAAUGCGGGGUCUGAAAACUCCCCUGCAGCGUCCGGUUCCCCUGCUAGUCAAUUAAGUGCUGGCCUAGGGGUACAAAAUAGCUACCUCGCAAGCAUCACCCUAAACCACGGUGCAUCAUUACGUCAUCUUCUUCUCUCCUCCAAAUGGCCUCUCUCUAACCGUGCGAUUGCACGCCUUGUGCAUUCGUGCCCUAACCUGGAGCAAUUGGCCCUCGCCACCGAGUUCCAUAGCAUGGAAACCCUCGGCCUCCUCGCCCCGUUCCUUCGCAAACUCGUUGCACUCCGCCUUCUUAUCCCUGCCGGGACACCUCCCCAAGCAGUCACCAAGCCGUACCAUCAACACAUCGCACUCGCCAAAGAAGCUAUAGAGACGGUGAAUAAUGCUCGCAACCUGGCCGAGCUCGUGGACGUUGACGACGAAGCCUUCAUGACGCUCAUGGGUUACGACAUGGCAGACGAGCGAAUUUGCGGAAGCCUCAAGAUAGUCGGAAUGGGCUGGAAGGCAUUUGAGCUGCGUGAAAUUUACAAACAGCCCCUCAUGCCCGCGGACGAAGAUGAGCUCGAUACCCCAGUAGAAGGCCAGAAUUUCGGUCGUCCCCAUCUUCCCGCUUCCGCAUCUCAAUCUCCCGCUCUCAACGCCAAUGGCUUCGAUGUUCCCCGUGCCCCCGGAUCUGUGUCUGUAUCGGGGACUCCAGUCCCAGCCUCAACGCUCGGUAAGCGAAACCGAGAUGAUGACAGCGACUCUACCGACAGACAAACCGUUCCACCUGAGUCCGCGAGGGUCGAAUUCCGCACAAUGAAAUGCGCCGAGCCCGUAGUCACGGAUGAUGGGUACGUCCUCAAGCGUCACAUGCGGCGAGUUGGGUGGGAGACACUUAAGCAUUGGGAGAUCUGGGCACUGGAUGAGCAGGACAUUUGA